CCCCUUGCCUGCGUUAGUAACAUUUCCAAGCGUCGUCUUCAUUCUCCAUGACUUCCCAAGGCAAAUGCGAAACAAAGACAUGGCAGUACAAGAAGUGAGCCUCAACCAUAUUUCCAGAGAGACCUCCGACGUCCACCGCCUCGCCAAGUUCUACCAGGAGAUAUUUGGGUUCGAGGAGGUAGAAAGCCCUCACUUCGGAGAUUUCAAGGUGGUGUGGCUUCGUCUUCCUUCGUCUUCUCUUUACCUUCAUCUCAUUGAGAGGAACCCUUCGACUAAGCUUCCUGAAGGUCCGUGGAGUGCCGUCUCUCCCAUUGCUGAUCCUCAUCAUCUUCCCAGAGGUCACCAUAUCUGCUUCUCUGUCUCCAAUUUUGACUCAUUCCUACAUACUCUUAAGGACAAGGGCAUCGAAACUUUUCAGAAAUCCUUACCUAAUGGGAAGACAAAGCAAGUCUUCUUUUUCGAUCCAGAUGGUAAUGGCUUGGAGGCUGCAAGCAAGGAAGAAUCAUGAGAGAUUGCUGUGCAUGAGUCAAUAUACUGUAGAAUAAUGUCAUAUGAGGAUAACAGACCUAGGUUCCAAUAAAAGUUCCCCUAUAUGUAUGUUUGUGUAGUUAUAAUAAAAGAGGAAUAGGAUUGUUAUUCAUGGCAUAGAAAUCUAGGUUAUCACACUUGCUUGAACCGUUUGCCCAUUAUCUUGAUUGGCUUAAUAAAAUAUCCAGUUUAUGAGUAA